AAAAGAGGUGGCCGAGAAACGGGAAGAGAGAAGCCUGAGCUGGAGCCCUCCACGCUAUGGUUUCCAACGACUGCUAGCCGGCUUGCAGGCUGACCCGAAAGAGGAGAACCACUUACGCUGAAACGCAAGGGGAAAGUGUGAGAAGAGAAGGGAGAUGAGGUCAGAAUAGAGUGGAGCGAAAGGGGGUGGGGUGAAGGCAGAGAAGCCCAGCCCCGGUGUAAAGGGCCCGUCAUUCCUUUCCACAGCGUAAUUUGCCGAGAUCCGCCACUUGGGUUUCGUUUGCAAACGAGGAGGGCUUCCCGCAGGCGGGGCCGGGCUGGGCGCCCACUCUGCUCCGCGCUCUGCGUGCGAGCGGCGGGCCGGCUCCAGCGCCCAGGACCGGAGCCCAGGAGCCCAGGACCGGAGGAGCAUGCCCUCGCCCGCCACCGCCGGAGGACGGCGCGACACUGACGCGGGGAGUAAAUGAGGAAUAAAGGAAGCCCGUCUGAGAAGCUGGCGAAAUUCAAGACUGGCAAAGGAAGCCCAUUCAGCCUCUUCACGCUUGUGUUUUCAGGGACUGGCCAUUUCUCAGUCCCUGGAGGGAGAUUCCCUGCUCCAAGGAAGUGAAAAUAAUGAACUUUUGGAGGUACUGCCUUUUUGCUUUCACCGCGCUGAGUGUGGUUCUGUUUGUGAUACGUUACAACAGCCGAUUAAGCCUGCCCCAGAGGAGGCUGAACGGUUCCAGCGAAAGGGACGCCGUAGCCAGUGCCUGUGAGGACGCCCUGGAAGAGAAGUCCGCUGCUCUCUGGGAGAGGACGUUGCCAUCGCCUUUGGGAAGUGUCCCCUGCGAGGACUACCUGAUCCAGAGCCACUACAUCACAAGCCCCCUGUCGGAGGAAGAAGUGGCGUUCCCUUUGGCAUAUGUCAUGGUCAUCCAUAAAGACUUUGGUACUUUUGAAAGGCUCUUCAGGGCUGUCUACAUGCCCCAAAAUAUCUACUGUGUCCAUGUGGAUGAGAAGGCCACAGACGAGUUUAAGGCAUCUGUGUGGCAGUUACUGAGCUGCUUCCAAAAUGCCUUUAUUGCUUCAAAGACCGAGUCUGUAGUCUAUGCGGGAAUGUCCAGGCUCCAGGCGGAUCUGAACUGCCUGAGAGACCUGGUGGCCUCAGAGGUCCCGUGGAAGUACGCCAUCAACACCUGUGGGCAAGACUUCCCCCUGAAAACCAACAAGGAGAUCAUUCAGCAUCUGAAAGCUUUCAAAGGGAAAAACAUUACCCCGGGGGUGCUGCCUCCGGCUCAUGCAAUUGGACGGACUAAGUACGUCCACCAAGAGCACAGAGGCAAAGACGGCUCUUUUGUGAGGAACACGAAUGUUUUGAAAACCUCACCUCCACAUCAGCUGACCAUUUACUUUGGCACUGCCUACGUGGCCCUUACCAGGGAGUUUGUCAACUUCAUCUUCCAUGACAAAAGGGCCAUCGAUCUACUGCACUGGUCAAAGGAUACGUAUAGCCCUGAUGAACAUUUCUGGGUGACGCUUAAUAGGAUUCCAAGUGUCCCUGGCUCCAUGCCAAAUGCAUCAUGGACUGGUAACCUCAGAGCCGUGAAGUGGAUUGACAUGGAAGACAAACACGGAGGCUGCCAUGGCCACUACGUGCGUGGCAUUUGUAUCUAUGGAAAUGGAGACUUAAAGUGGUUGAUUAAUUCGCCAAGCCUUUUUGCUAACAAGUUUGAACUUACUACAUACCCCCUUACUGUGGAAUGCCUAGAACUGAGACUUCGAGAAAGAACCUUAAAUCAGAGUGAAACUGCAAUACAACCCAGCUGGUAUUUUUGAUCGCCUGCAACUUGUGAUUGAAGGGAAGUCGCUGUUGGGAAGAAGAGCUUUUGAGAGAGGACUUCACCUUGGCCAACAGUUUCAGGACUGAGGUCAUGACCACAGGAUCUGGCUUCACUACUAUAUGUUGAAAUAUCCACUGGACAAUAACAGGAGGCUGUGCAGAGUGGUCCUGGCCCUUUGUCCACUCUGGCUGUUUCCUGAUGCUCACCUCUGUGCCAGCUUGUUGUUCUGAUCAAUGAUCAUUUUCACUAUUGUCACAUCUUUGCACCAGAUAUUCACUAUAUAUAAAUGUUCUAAUCAAAAGGAGAAGUGUAUGUAAUAUGAUUUAGGAAAGAAGAACUGGGUUUCUUUGAAGAGGGAAUCUUUUAUAACAGACCUAUAGCCACAUAUUAAUGAACACCACUCUUCUUUGCUCAACUGUACAUAGAUGUACAAGCAGCUUUCUGGAUAACUCACUGAUCUCCUUUCAAACUUGAGCUACUAGAACUGAAGAACUAGAUCCUGUUCCUGAGUUUUAGCACUAGCAUUUUCAGUUUUCUUGCUGAAGUUCUGUAUAAAGUCAUUAACAGGAGGCAGAAUGUGCUUUAAGCAGUCACUGCCUGCUGCUUCAGUAAAAGGACCCCAGGGAAGCAGAACAAAAAUCGAGAAAUGUGCUCUGAUCCCCCUUUCAUCAUUUUUCAUUGAGAACACUGAAAAGUUCUCACAGAAUUAAGAAACUCCUAGGAGAGAGGUGGUAUUGCAUGGAUCUAGUCUCAAGUCUCUUAUACCUCAGAAUGAACCAAUCUCUUCUGCCACCACCUUCCACCCCCACCAAAGUUAUCUUAACUGCAAAAUGGAGACCAAAUUCUAUCCUUGAGGCUUUAACAAUGCUAUACUGUUCUCUGAGUGGCUUAACAAUGUCUGGUGCUGAUAAGAAUGCCUAGAUUUUUAAGAGCUUUCAAUUGUGGGUAAGCAUCCCUGCCAUUUAUCUCUUGUCCAUUCCCUCAUCCAAUUCAUUCAGCAUGCCGUCAGUAAAUAUUUAUUGUCUACUAUACACCAGACACAUGCUGAGACAAAGAGGGAAAAGUAAGACACAAGCUUUUUCACUCUAAAAAUCUUGGUAAUGUGAAGGUUGCAUAGACUGCUCUAGAGAACCUUAGAUAAUGGUUGUAUUUUAAUACAUUCACAUGUAGAUUGUAGAUUGUGAUAUCGAACCAAGGAUCUCAGUAAUUACAAACUGAGGUUUAAGUCAGAGAUCACUCAAAAGAGAGAAGGGAAGGGAGCUAAAAAAGCCUAUGUGUCCAAGACAUUCUGCUGGCUCACUGCACUGAAACCUCACAGCACUCUUGUGAGGUCGUCAUUACCCCUGUUUUGCAGAUGAAGUGAGUGAAGCUUAGAGAGGUUGUUACUAAGCAUUAGGAAACAAGCUCUCUGACAAUUGGGAUUCUCCUACUGGUCUUAGUUCAUUUCCUGGGGUGGAGUAUUAAAGAAGGUGAAAUAUAGCCAGAUAAGGUAGGUUUUAAGAAUGACCUCAGUGUCAAUAUUGAGAAAAUGUAAUGUCACCUCAGAAAAGUGUGAAGUCUACUUUUGUAUUCCUCUAAUCCAGUGGUUCUCAACCUUCCUAAUGCCUCGACCCUUUAAUACAGUUCCUCAUGUUGUGGUGACCCCCAACCAUAAAAUUAUUUUCGUUGCUACUUCACAAAUGUAAUUUUGCUACUGUUAUGAAUCGUAAUGUAAAUAUCUGAUAUGCUAUAUGUGUUUUCCAAUGGUCGCGACCCACAGGUUGAGAACCGCAAUCCAUUGAACUCCUUAAUAUUUAUUUAUCCUCAUGAAAAACAAUUACUUCAACUAAUGAUGCAUUUAAUUAACACAAUUUUUUUCCUAAUUGUGCCUGUUGAAUGUUAAUCAUAUUUAAAGAGAAUGACUGAAAUAAAGCCUUCUUUGUUCCUGCUGCUUAAAAAGAUGGAAGUGCAUUGGGUGGUAAAGGGCUGAGGGUUAGGGAACACACUGAGAGCUAAUGGCAAAGUCAUUUUUCAACUUACUUAAAUGACACCACCUAGAAGAAAUGUUUUACACUGGAUAUUCUCACAUAGAAUGAGAAAUCUUUUGGAAUAGAUGUUUACAUGUCCAUUGCUAGUCACCUCUCCUGUGUCUUUAAUACUUCAAUCUUGGAAGUGUGUAGUGUUGGACUAGUGGUUUUCUCCUUUCCAAGGAGACGACCCAAAACUACUGAAUCUGUCUUUGUUUUUGAUGAUGUUACAUGUUGUUUUCUUGGAAAUAAAUUAAUAUAUUGUUUUCCA